AUGUCGACUAUUCAGACGAUAGAGCCCGUUAUCCAAUUGAAGGGCGACGCUGAGGCCAAGGAUCUUACUUAUGGCUUCAUCAGAAGCAAGGUCCCUGCUCACUGCUUUGAGCGCUCUGCUCUGCGUGGAAUUUUGUAUCUGCUUCGUGACUUUAUCUAUGCCUCAGUGCUCGUCUAUCUGGCUCUGAACAUUGAUUAUCUGCCCUCGCCCACUCUCCGAGCCGCCGCGUGGAUCCUUUAUGGGUUUGCCCAGGGCUGCGUUGGUGUCGGCAUCUGGAUCAUUGGCCACGAGUGCGGUCACGGCGCUUUCUCUGCUUACAACAAGCUCAACAAUGUUGUUGGCUGGGCUGUGCACUCUCUUCUCAUGGUGCCUUUCUUCUCGUGGAAGAUCACCCACGGUAGACAUCACCGUUACCAUGCUCACAUCGACAAGGAUGUUGUCUUUGUGCCCGCCACUGAGUCUGAGGUCAAGGCCCAGGAGCCCUCUAUGUUCAGCAAGUUCAUCGAGCUGGUUGAGGAGACUCCUCUCUACCACGCUAUCACUCUGCUCGGCCACCAGCUUUUCGGAUGGCAGCUUUACAUGCUGUUCAACGUCAGCGCUGGUAACAAGAGUCUGCCUCCCAAGGAGAAGGGGCCUAAGAUGCUCAGAAACAGCCAUCUCGACCCCAUUGGCUCCCUGUUCACCAGCUCGCAAGCUCCUUUGAUCGCCAUCUCUGAUAUCGGUCUUUUGAUCGUUGGAACCUCUCUUUACUACCUGGCUCAACACAUCGGUAGCUGGAAGGUCGUCCUUCUUUAUGUUGUUCCCUAUAUGUGGGUUCACCACUGGCUGGUUGCCAUUACUUACCUGCACCACACCCACCCCGAUGUGCCUCACUAUGAUGAGAACGCGUGGACUUUCGUCAAGGGUGCUCUUUGCACUGUUGACCGCCGCUUCGGCUGGAUUGGACGCCACUUGUUCCACGAGAUCAUUGACUACCAUGUCAUCCACCACCUUUUCCCCAAGAUUCCUUUCUACCACGCCGAGGAGGCUACCAACGCCGUCACUCCUUUCCUUGGAAAGCAGUACCGCCUGGACGAGGGAAUGUACCUCAAGUCUCUGGCCGACACCUUCGGAUCCUGCAAGGUCAAGACCGAUGCAGACUCUAAGGGUGAGCUGCACUGGGUGCGUCCUGAAGCAGGAAAGAAGCUGAACUAG